CGGCGACCGGACCGGGCCACGGACGGGGACGGGACGUGUCGGGGUCGGGUCGGGGCCGGGAGAGCGCUCUCCCCGGGGUCGGGGUCGGGGCCGGGAUGAAACGCAAGGUGUUCGCGGCGCUCGCCCUCUCCUCGCUGCUCAGCUGUUUGUUGCUGUACAACAGCAACGCCGGCCCCCGCCUGCGGCACUGGAGGCAGUCGGGCGGCACCCCCCGACCACCAGCAGAUUCUCUUCCAACCGCAAGCAAUGCGACAGUGGUCAUCGAAACUUCCAAAGCCAACCAGUUGGCGAAGUGCCCAGUUGAUCCACCGGAACUUGUUGGACCUCUGAGGAUCACCUUUGACCAGGAGCAGUCGCUGGAAGAGAUUGGGGAGCUGAACCCGUACGUGACGCUUGGCGGGCGCUACAAGCCGAAGGACUGCGAGCCCUUGCAGCGCAUUGCCAUCAUCAUUCCCUUCCGCAACCGAGACCACCACCUGCGGCACUGGCUCUACUACCUGCUGCCCAUCCUGCGCCGGCAGCAGGGAGAGUACGGCAUCUUCAUCAUUGAGCAGGCUGGUGACAACACGUUCAACCGAGCCAAGCUCCUCAACGUGGGGUUUGCGGAAGCGCUGAAAGAGAACGGUUACGACUGUUUCAUAUUCAGUGACGUCGACAUUAUACCCGAGGACGACAAGAACCUGUACCGCUGUGGCAGCAACCCCCGACACUUGGCCUGUGCUAUGGACAAGUUCAAGUACCGGUUGCCGUACAAGGGUUAUUUUGGAGGGGUCGUGGCUUUUACUAAGGACCAGUAUUUGAAAAUAAAUGGUUUCUCCAACAAUUACUGGGGCUGGGGAACAGAAGAUGAUGACACGUACAUGAGGGUAACGUUGAAUGGGAUGAUUGUCGAUCGGCCCGAUAACAAAAUCGGACGAACCAAAAUGAUACGACAUGAAAGAGACAAAGGAAAUGAAGUGAACGAGAAAAAUUAUGUUGUGUACAACAGGAUGAAGUUUACAAGGCAUCGUGAUGGCUACAAAUCCCUUCAAUAUUCCGUCAUUAAGUCGGAGAAGAGGCCACUUUUCACCAAGAUCACAGUCGACAUUGGAAAGCCUCCGUCGUAGAGAAGUGGAAACGUGCCUUCACCACCUUCACCACUGUUAUGAGUGGAACCAACCAAAGAAAUGUGUGUCUGCUCUCUCGGACGGCCGUCCACACAUUUAAAAACACUAAUGACAACCCCCCCAUGUUAAAUGACUCCAGUCUCCUCACGUUAAAGGGAAUGGUCUGCUCUGUAUCUUGGUUCUGUAGAUUUGACGGAAGGAGCUAUUGAAAUGGGUUUGCCACACCCUGUCCUUGGGCAGAGAGAGAGAGGGUUCCUAACGUCAUGCAGCGAUAAGAAUAGCGAGAGAAUGCGACUGAAAGGAAUCAUCUCUUGCUCUUGACUCGGAAUGAUAUCUUGCAUUGAUUCUGCCCUCCUUCAUUUUCAUAUGUCCUCUGCUUCUGUGGACGGAAAGAGAGGAUGCGGUCUGAUGACAGGACGCCGGGAGGGUGACAUCUUGCAGGGCAGCAAUCCCUUCUUUCUAGUUCCUCCUGCACCUGCAUCGGGCUAGUUUCCCAAGUCUGCCGUGGAGGGAGGAGAGCUUUUAGUCCCUCUCAAGAGUCUUUAUAAAACUCUCAGGUAUGACGCGCAUGGAUUUGUUUUUGCUAAUUGAUCAUUUUAUUUUAUUUUUUUCCCCUCGUGUGUGUGUGUGUGUGUGUGUCAUAAUCUCGAGGUUGGCACACGGUUCUGCUGAUGGUAGGGAGCUGUUGUCUCCUGCAUUUUGAACGGGUUAUCCACUGCGCCCGCAUAUGACCACAACCCCCACCCCCACCCCUACCCUUCAACACUGUCCAAAGUGACCUUGACUGUUGCCUCCACCACAUUGGCGCUUCGUUCUGUCAAUCCAGAGGCUCCACAUCUAUAAAAGGUGCUGAUGAUUUACGCCGGGGGGGGGGGGGGGGGGGGUAAUGCUCCACAGGCACCUAGUUAUUCAUUCAGCUUUUCACCCAAGUGCCCAUUUGUACCAGGCAAGGAGGCUCCGAGCUGUGUAUUCCAGUGAUGGGCAACUUAUGGCAGACACCUGACCCGACUGGAGUGUUGAAAUGCGGGCUUUGCAGAUGAGACCGCCGGUUAGGAAUUGAGAGGAGGGGACCCGAAUGGAAUUUUCUCCACUUGUUGAGACAGAGCAACACAGAACACAAUCAAGUUAAACCAUCUCGGUAACGAGCAAGCGUUGAUCCCGUGAUCUUAUUCAUCUUUCCGGGUUCUGACUUGGACUGAGCUGUGAUGUUAUGGGACGAGCACCCAGAAAUGAGCCCUAUUUUUUUUUUUUUAAUAUAUGAUGCGUUGUGCGACUUUUUAAUUCCAUGUUUACAAAUAACUUCUGUAAAUGACAUGGUGUCCAAACAAUCAUGAAACCCGUGAAUCUCUGCUUGGCGUUCUUUAUUUACCAUCCCCAGCUUAUUUUUUAAAACGAAGGUUUGCUACUGCGACUCGCUUUUUAACUGGGAGCAGGGAGUGGGGAUAAAAAAUUGAACUUCUUUUUAGUCCUCGUAUACGUUGCCCAUCGAUCUUCCUAGAGUAACAUCAUUCACGCGACUUCCCGUUCAUUAUCGAGGGGGCAAGGGGGGAACGCUUGCGGGAGAGGUGCUGCCGAUGGAUAGCAUCGUGAAAGACCUGUUGCUUUUUGAGUUGUUGAAGUCUUUAUAACCUUUUUUUAUGAAGAAAAGUAACAGUUGUAAAUGAACCAAAGAUCACUCUGCAAAAAUGUAUAAAUUAAAAUUACUUGUGAAAUGG